GACGCGUAUAUAUUAAAGGAGAUGGAUGAGAGCUUGUAGCAAAAGUUUUCUCAACUCGCAUUUCAAUACUCUUGUUCUCGAAUAACUCAGUCCACAAUCACUCAAAUAUCUAAAAACCAUGCCUCUUUGGAUUAUUCACCACCCCAAACAUGUAUUUGACGAUGAGAAUUCCAAAAAGUCAUUGUCACAGGACAUUACCAAACUCUACACUGAUGUCGGUCUGCCCGCUUUCUAUGUCGUUAUUGUCUUCACGGAGGUCUCGGAUGUAAACAUGUACGUUGGCGGGGACCAGGCAACCACACCUUUCAUUCGGAUUUCAAUCGACCAUAUCGCAGUUCAUAUGGAAGGCCCAAAAGUCCAUGCGGAAUGGACUUCGAAAGUUGAUGGUGCACUUAAACCUCACAUUGAGGAUAAAGGGUACAACUGGGAAUAUCAUAUUGACGAGACGGAGCGUCGGCUUUGGAAGAUCAACGGGAUGUACGCACCGCCAUUUGGUAGCCAGGCAGAGAAGGAGUGGGUUGCUGCGAACAAGGCGUUGCCCUGGGAGGAAACGGAGUGAAGAAACCAUCCGAGACCCAGAUUGGGGUAUAUGCAUUGUGAGGAGUUGGUUGUUAUGACUACAGUCGGGUGAUGACGAAGGGACUUAGGCUCAGAAGGAAGCCUCCUGUAUUCGGGGGGCUAACCUCUCAUGCCUAGAUGAUAGCUUAUAUUUAAGUAUAGCAAUUUGGAUACACACAGAAAACUUCCGCAAGCAAAUCUAUGUUGUCGAUACUCUGCCCUUGUUUUCUUCGAAUUUGCGUGCAUAAGUUAACACACUGGGCAUACCCUCGAAGGAAUCUCCUGAGUAGAUACACUUCUUGUUGAUCCCUAUUCACGGCUUUCCUGGCCUUGAGGAUUAAGACAGUGCACGUGGAUCGUGAGCGAGUGGAGGCGUGGCAGUAAUACUUGUUACAACCUCAAAAACUUGGGAUUUUUGAAUACUUUAUCUUUCUUUGUAGUAUAGAAAUUGAGCCGUA